AUGGCAUCUAAGAAGGAUAUGCGGAGGUUGGACCUCGCCAUCCCCUACAUUGACCCUCCCAAGAGCAAGGAUGAGGCCGACAUGUCUAGCGCCAUGUCUAGCACCAUGCCUAUGGCUGCGAUGUUCACCAGGAAUAGAAUGAUCGGAUGGGUCUCCUUUGUCUUCUCGCUUCAGUCCUGGCUCGGUGAGACUCCAGACCAGAAGAGAACUGCUUCGACUCCGGCCUACAUGUCCGUCUUGAUGUCCUUGAUGGCUUUGGUGGUUACCUACUUCCCCAUCUUCCUGCCUCCCCAGAAUGCGCGCGCUGCCCCGGGCGCUACUGCUUCCACCACUCCUUCCCCUUAA